AUGUCGAUCAUCACACACGAGGCAGCGGGGGAGAUCGCCAGUGGGAUGUUCCAAUAUCUACUGCUCACGGCAACCAACUACACCAGUUGGGUGAUUAGAGUCCAGGCCAUGAUGGAAGAUCAAGGCAUCCGGGAGGCAGUCGAGCCGACGGCCGGUGUGGCUGUCGACACGAGGAAGGACAAGAAGGCGAGGUCGCAUCUUCUCCAAGCCCUCCCGAAGGAUCUCCUAAUGCAGGUGGAAAAGAAGGCGACGGCGAAGGAGGUCUGGGAUUGCCUCAAGAUGAAAUUCGUCGGGGCAGAUCGCGUGAGGAAUGCGCGCUUGCAAACCUUGAAGAGUGACUUUGACACCAUGAGAAUGCAGGAAGGAGAGACGUUGGAUCAGUAUGCGGGCAGACUCACGUGGAUGUCCGUCAACGUAAUCGCCGGCAUAGAACAGUUUUGCGACCUCGACACUAUGCUGUUUGAAGAGGCCGCUGAGUGGGAGGCACGACAGAAAAGAAGCGGUGGCGACCCAUCAUUGACCCGAAAGGAGAGGACUCACGGGGAAGGAGCGGUUCGCAGCCGGGGUGGACGCGGACGCGGGAGAGGCGGACACGGCGACUUCCCACUCAUUGAUAGAGCAGGUGGCUCUGGGGGUGGUGGUCGUGACAAAAGUCACAUCCGUUGCUUCAAUUGCAACGAAUUGGGGCAUUACGCGAACUGGUGCAAGGCUCCCAAAAGAAAGGAGGCGCAUCUCACACAAGUUGACAACAUCGAACCAGCCCUAUUGCUUGCAGAGUUGGAAGAAGUGGUGUCUGCAAUACUUGAACCACCAGAAUGGCAAGAUCGCAACCACAUGAUAGCAGACAAGGUCAAGUUUCAGGAGUUGGACGAGGCAAUCACUGGCAAGGAAGUAUAUUAUAUUUCAAGGCUUCGCAGUAACAUCGUGAGUCUCGAGCAACUCAUUGAGGCAGGCCACAAGCUGAUCAUGAAGGUAAGACGCACACCAAAUCGUCUCUACCGCAUCAAGAUGCAGAUUGCAAGGCCACUAUGCCUCCUUGCAAACCUCGAGGAUCCAGCAUGGCUGUGGCGCUCGCCUUGGCCACAUGAACUUUCAAGCAAUGAAGAUGCUUGUAAACAAGAAGAUGGCAACUGGGGUACCACUGAUCAUUCAUCCCGCUCAGUUAUGCCAGGAGUGUUUGGUGGCAAAGUAGACGAGACAGCCAUUCCCGUCGGCAGCCAACUAUCGAGCGAAGGAGCCACUUGA